CAAGACACUGUAGGCAGUCUCAGGUUUCUGCCACCUUCUUCAAAACACUGUCUGUCCUGCGCUCACUAAUAAUUAACAUCUAUCUGAGGCUUCAGGCAAAAGUUACACUGGCUGAUCGUUGACUUCCUUUGACCUCUUUUUCCUGUUACAGCAGAAAAAAUAAUGUGAUACAGGCUACUUUGGACAAGUACUUUUGAUUCAGUAAAGGGUCUUACCAUUUUGGUUUGCAGGAUUAACUACAAUGAAUCUUGACCAGCCAUCGUCUCCUGUCCAUAUCGGGAACAAGAGAUCCAUUUCCAGGGUCAAAUUCCUGUCUUUCCUUGACACCUACAACUGCUUUUUAAAAGAAAAGACUAACUUGCAGUUAUCUUAUCAUGAGGAAGGAGGAGAAGUAGUUGUUGAGGGGCUCCUAAUCAUAUCCUGGGGUGUGCAACGGCCUAUUCGACUUAAAAUACAAGAUGAGAAGCAAGUGCUCUCCUAUGCAACUCUAAGAUCACCAGAUGCUACUAGUCCACUUGGAGGCAAAAGAGGUAUGACUCGAUGGGGGGAAUUUGAUGAUCUUCAUCAAAUUGAUGAGAUGGAAGAAACAAGGCAAGACACUCCUGAAGCAUCUACAAACCACAAUACCGGGCCUAAGGAGUAUGUAAGCAGUACAUUAAAACCACCUAGAGCCCAGGCUGCUAUUGAAGAGGAAUCUAACCUGUAUCGGACAAUGAGUGAUGCCUCAUUGGUGAAGAAGAGAGUAAAAACCAGAACAGCGGCAGAGAGACAGCAAGACAAACAGCAAAGGUUCUCCAUCAAUGGUCAUUUUUAUAACUAUAAGACAUCUAUAUUUACCCCAUCAUUUGGGACCGCAACCAGUGUACGAAUAAACAGCAAAAUGACAACAGAUGAAGUUAUACUUCAACUUCUUCAGAAAUUUAAGAUAGAAAAUGAUCCAAAUGAGUUUGCCCUGUAUUGCAUUCAUCAAAGUGGAGAGAAGAGGAAACUAAACAAUUCUGACUAUCCGUUGUGGGAAAGACUUCUCCAAGGACCCUCAGAAAGCAUCGCAAAAAUAUUUUUAGUGGACAGAAAUGAGCAAGAAGUAAGCAAUGACGUGGCACAGUAUCUUAAUUUUGAACUGCCGAUUCUGCAAGGAUUUUUGCAGAAGUUAAAUGAGGAGGAAAGCAGAGAGAUACAAAAGAUAAAAAUAAAGUACAAACAGGAAGAGAAAACCCUCACACACUGUAUUGUCUCAAGAAUAAUGCAAAGGACAGAAACUACUGUGUAAGAGAUGAAGACAUUUCAUCCCUUUUGUGAAAUAAUUUGGAAAAAGAUAAUUGUUUCCAAUUUUGGUCAAAGAGAGUCAAUGUUAAUAUGUUGAUCUUGAAACCAUGUAACAUAAACCUGAAUAAUUUAUUUUUUACAGAAAUUUAACAAUUAUUUUGUAAUUGUUAAAACAUAAAUUAAUUGCAUUGUUUUAUUGUUAAUAUGGAGUAUAAUGAAAUAAGGGGGUGUGGUCUCUUUGUUUUAAUUCUUAUAUUUCUGUUCACACGGGUCAUUAAAAAUAA